UUCAACGAAAUUCCACAAAUAAAUGAAUUUGUGAUAAUUGUCUUAUCUAAUCGUAGAUCCGCCCCCGAGUUUAUAGAUGAUGCAUGAAAUCAGACGUGGGACUGUCAAAGUCCGAGCACUCACCUCAUCAGAUAACAAAGGCAGAAUCACAGGACAAGAUGAUAAAGCGGGCGAUUAUCCUCACGGUCUUUCAUGUAUUGGUGAUAAAUGCAGCGGAAGCUUUGUCAAGACAAAAACGGGUGAUAGGUGGAAAAAUGGCGGGAGACGGUGAAUGGCCGUGGUUGGUCAGUUUGCACGGAGAAAUUGUCACCAAAAGACUGUUUGGUUUUAUUCCUAUCGCCCACAAACAUUUGGUGUGUGGCGGAUCUGUCUUAAAUGACCGGUGGAUACUUACAGCAGCACAUUGUUUUUACGACAGAAAUGGUGGGUCAGAAAAACGCAAGGCAUCAAAUUGGGAGGCAAAACUAGCCUCUGCUUCUUUAAAAUCAAACCCAAUAGAAAAGAUUAAAAAUUUCCUGGGGAAGUUGUUUGAUAAAGAAUCCUGGCGAUAUUGGGAGGUGGACGUGGAACGGAUUGUACUUCAUCCUGGGUACAACAACCAAAAUUUUUGGGAACAUGACGUGGCUCUAGUGCGACUUUCCCGGGACGGUUAAUACGACAACAUUAUUGCUGACAAUGCGUCAUUUCCGGGCAUUGGAGAUGAUUGCGUCAUGAAGGGAUGGGGUUGCAGAUCUGGAGGUGCUAAAUUGUCAUUUAAUGCACACAGCGUUUCACUUCCGGUUUAUAAUAAAAGAUCAUGUUCGCAAAUUUACGGAGUAACAGAUAUGGGGAAAAGAAUAUGCGCAGGUUUUCUCAGCAGUGGAAAGGGCAUUUGCAAGGCAUAUAGCGGUGGCCCGUUAACAUGUAGAGACAAAAACAACCAAUGGAUACAAGUGGGCGUGGCCUCCUUUUCUAGCCGGGAUAGACCUGGAAGUUAUCCUGCUGUGUUUACACGUGUGUCCGCGUAUUUGGACUGGAUAAACAAAACAAUAAAGGGAUAAAAUUUCCACAGCUGUUGGCUUCCUAUUUUACGAGAAAAGAAGAUAUAUCGAACCAUAACAUUUCAAUAAAACUAACAAACAACAUUACCAACUAAAACGUUUUUUUUUAAGUCAAUUUUUCAUGAAUUCAUGAUUGAACAUUUGAUGUUAUAUUUAAUAA